GCAUGCGCAAGAGCGGUAACCGGAAGUAGCGGUCACUCCUAAUCAUUCCGCGCCUCCAAUGUACCGACUGCGACUUCUCCAGCUAUUUCUCACUCCAGCGGCGGCACUCGGCACACUGAGUGCUGUUGGAGCACCUCACCAGGAAGCAGGACUCUCUUCCUGACUAACUGAACUCGGAGCCCGCACAGUAUUAUCGGAGUGUGUGUGUGUGUGUGUGUGUGUGUGGGGAGCAUCAUGUGGAGGCAGGCUUCAGCAGCGGCCCUGCUGGCGUUGGCCGUCGGCUACUUCUACCAUGGCAACCCGGACCUGCCGGAGCAGAUUCUGCAGUACAUCGGCCUGCCAGACUUUCAGUCGUCACCUCAGAGUCAGCACAGCCUGGAGCAGGUGAUCGCCGCUGCCUGGGAGACUCUGAUCACUCUGCCGACCCACCGGUGGAGCAAAGUGGCAGUAGGGGUGAACGCCUGCGUGGACGUGGUGGUCUCAGGAGUGGGACUGCUGCAGGCCAUGGCGGUGGAUCCCGGCACCGGCCUGGACCACGAAGUGCUGCACUCCAAAGAGGACUUGAAGGAGGCCUUCAUCCAUUACAUGGAGCGCGGGGCCGCAGCCGAGCGCUUCUUCAGCGACCCCGAGGCCUUUCAGAGGAUCGCGCGCUCAGCAGCAGAAUACCCCGGUGCGAAGCUGUAUGUAGGGGGGAACGCCGCUCUCAUUGGACAGAAGCUCGCCACCUACCCUGAUAUAAUGGUGUUGUUAUGUGGGCCAGUUGGUCCUAAACUUCACGAGAUGCUGGAUGAGCAGAUCGUCGUUCCCCCAGAAUCUCUGCAGGAGACGGACGAAUUUCACCUCAUCCUGGAGUAUAAAGCCGGCGAACAGUGGGGUUCAACUCGGGCCCCUCAGGCCAACCGCUUCAUCUUCUCCCACGACGUGACCAACGGGGAGAUGAGCUCCCUGGAGACGUUCGUGGCGAGCCUAGACGAGUUCGAGCCCGACCUGGUCGUCCUGUCGGGCCUCCACAUGAUGGAGGGUCAGGGCAAAGAGCUGUGGGAGGAGCGCCUCAAAGAGGCCGUGUUAGCCAUAUCUGACAUUCGUCAAGACAUUCCCAUCCACUUGGAGCUGGCGAGCAUGACGGACAAAGAGUACAUGAGCAGCAUCAUGCAGGAGCAGGUUAUACCCAUCGUCAGCUCCAUUGGGCUGAACGAGCAGGAGCUGCUCUUCCUCUCUCAGGCUGGCGACGGGCCUCACGCCGACCUGGAUGCCUGGAAAGGCAUCCCGGACGUGGGCCGAGUCAGCGACAUCCUCCUCUGGGUCCUGGAGCAGCACGGCCGCAGCGAGCCGUCGUCCGAAGCGGACCUGACCCGCAUCCACUUCCACACGCUGGCCUACCACAUCCUGGCCACGGUGGACGGAUACUGGGGGAACCAGGCGGCGGCGGUGAUGGCCGGAGCGCGGGUGGCCAGCAGUCAGGCGUGCGGCCUCCAGUUCGUCGACGCCGGAAAAGUGGAGCUCAAGGCCCCGCUGGAGUUUCACAGUUCGCACGGCGAGCCCCGAGAGAAGCUGUCGCUGAACCCCGCGCAGCCCGUCACCGUGUGGCGCCGAGGAAACGUCACCUUCCACCUGACAGUCGUGCUGGUUUGCAAAGAGCCUCUCCGGACAGUCGGACUCGGGGAUGCCAUCUCAGCGGAGGGACUGGUUUACUCGGAGUUAAAGGCCCAGCAGAUCGAGUGAACCAGUUUCUGUGUCUUCCUUCCCCCGAAGCUCCGACUGAGUUUAAGAACGUGAAGCGACGGCUAUAGUUUUUAGAUCCUGCCUGAGGACUCAUCCAGCCGGCUCGGGCACCUCCUCUGUUCUCCCUCCUCGAGUCCUCCAGCAGACACCGAAGCCGAGGCAGAUGUUUGACGGGAGUGGGCGCGAGCGAGCCGCGAGGCGGCCCGACUCUAUGCAACGGCCGCAGCUCAAAGCCAUCUUCACAAACUCCAAAGAGUUUCGUUUGGCUCAACCUAAUUUACUUAGACCUGCAUAUCUUAAGUAUGCUGUGCCUUGAGAAAACGGAAGGAAUUAAAAAUGUUAUAAUAUUUCAUUCAUAUUUCAGAGCCAACCAAACUUCAAAUCUGAGCGCUACGUCAUACAGAGAGACACAUAGAUUCACACACACACACACAAACGAUUCUGUUUGACUGCAAACCGAUGAGCGUCUUUCUAUAUUGUAGAAUCUAAGUGGUGUUUUUGAUGUUCUGUGUCUCUUCCACUUCUUUUUUUUUUUGGUGCAUUCACGUCAAAUAGUCACUAGAGAGAUCACUUGAAGGCUCAAGAUCUUUACGAGUAAAAACUGUUCACUAGAUAUACUUAUACUUGACAUUUUUGUUAUUUGUCCCGAGAGGAUAAAAGUACUUUUGGCCUAAGCACUCUCACUAUAUAAAGAUGUUUAAACUUGUAAUCUCUGUUGCUUCUAAAUCCCUGACGCAGUGUCCGUAUAAUAGUUUUUUUUUUUUUUUUUGGGUCAAAUAAUGAAAUUCUAGAUAAAUGCAAACCUGGUUUUGAAGGGGAUCCUUCUUUAUGCAGUAAAGCAGAGUUUACACUCGGGGUAAUUAACGUACAAGUUUUUGAGGUAAAAAAUGUCAUAUGAUAUCUGGGUGACUGUACAUGUUUCUUUGUUUACUGUUCAAUUGUACUUCCUUUUCAGUUGUCGCUUUCGCUCACUUAUAAAAUGUGACUAUGUAAAGCGAUUGGCUGGAAACUCUUAAAAGCUGGCCAAAGUAACGCACUUGCUGGAAAAAGCUUCCUUUUUUUUUAUGUACUUUUUGCGUCGUCGUGGGUUUGUUCAUUGUUUUUAUUUUAUUUUUUCGGAGCUUACUUGGGAACGCCCGGAGUCAUGUUUAGAUAUAAAGUACGUAGUUGUCAGAACAAUGUGUUUUGUAUACCUCACAUGGCCACUGAAGGCAUGCAAUAAUGGAGUCUUAAUGCGAACACGCAACAAAGCGGCGUUUGGCGUUUUGUUGAGCGGAAUGAAUUCUUUGCACUAGCACAAAGUAACAGGUGUGCCUGCAAAGGUGAAUGUAACCUUAACUCCGAACCCUUCUUUCUAUUUUGCAAGUACAAUCUAUUCAACUUCACUCAUUUGAUAGUUUGUGUCUUCAUUUUUAACUGUCGACCUAUAUUUCAUUCACUUGUAAGUUUGUCAUUAAAAUAUGUACGGAGA